UAUUAGCAGAGUGUGUGUGGGUGCAUGUGGGAGGUAGGACGCAGUAGGGAGCCGUAGGGAGCUGUGGGGCUGGCGGAGAGCGCUGCCGCCACUGCAAGCGUCACACCGCUGAAUGGGAAUCUAUCCGGCAACUCCAGCAGACCGCUGUCUUCUCCGCGCGCCCUGCGUAAAAGCAAGCGGCGCGUCUCCAAGUGUGGCUCGGACCGACCCACAGGCGGCGAGCGCGCUCAGCAGCUCGGAUCGGACGUCCACUUUUCCCGCACUUGUUCCCGAAGCGCGCCUCGUCACAACAGCAGAAGCGGCGGCAUGCCGGCCAUCAAGAAGGAGCGUCCGGACGGGGACGACAUGGCUUUAGCCGCUUUCAACCAGUCCGAAUACUUGGCCCCUUUAAAUGCCGCCGCUAUCCCCGUGGUCACUCCGCACCCGCCGCCUUACGAGCACAUUUUAGCCCACCAUCGCGCGUACUUGGGGCUCCAUGACUCGACGCUGCAUCACCAGCACCUCCAGCACGCCACGGACGACUUGAUGCUGGAGAGGUUCUCCUCCAUCCCGGACUUCCAGCCCUUCUUUGAUAACGGCGAGCCUUGCAUUGAAGUGGAGUGCGGGGAAAACAAAGCUUUGCUUUAUAUUAACAAACUAUGUCAAGGCAGCAAAGGACCUUCCAUUAAAUACAGGGGCGAGUGGCUCACUCCUAACGAGUUCCAGUUUGUCAGUGGCCGGGAGACCGCUAAAGACUGGAAACGGAGUAUUCGACACAAAGGGAAAAGCCUCAAGACACUUAUGUCCAAAGGAAUCUUACAGGUGCAUCCUCCGAUCUGUGAUUGUCCAGGUUGUCGAAUCUCAUCCCCCGUGAAUCGUGGCCGUCUGGCUGAGAAGCGCACCAUUCCGCUGCCGCCCAACCGGGUGCCCAAGAAGGAGCUGGCCUCCAUCUUCAGCAGUGACGACAGUGAAGGAAGCGAGCGGGCCAGUGGGGAUCAUGGCCACAUCAAACAAGAGGACGAGCUACAUUACAGUAUAGUGCGCAAGAGUCGAGACAGUGACCUCUCUACAAUCAUCUCCAACCUGCACCACAGCAGACAGCAUGGUAUGCCUGAGGGACAGUCAGUGUCUGACCACAAUGCCAGUACAGGACACACAGAUGACCUUCUAGGCAAAGGGAGAAGCUUCUCUCCCAACAGCAGUAGCAACUCUCCCUCAGACAGUAAGAAGUCACGCAGCGUAUCCCCUAAAGAGUCCGCACAGAACCCAGAAGGGGAGGCAGGUGGCAGCCACAGUCACAUGAGCCCUGAGGAGCACUAUAGGCGCAUGAUGUCAGCACUCAGCGACAACGGAUCCUACGAGGAGCAGCAGCAACGCCUCUUCCAGCUGGCCAGCAGCAUGGGAUUACCUGGACAUGACGUACUGCGCGCUCAGCAGGAAGCGUUGGCUGCGGCGGUGAGGAAUCCGGCGGCCUUAGAAGCGCACCUGCCCACGGGAGGCAGCUCCUCCUCAUCCAGCCAGAGACGGAAGCAGGGCCUACCGCAGCACCGGGAUGCACAUUACACUGACAGGGAACUGUCCCAGCCUCCACCUCUCCUAUCGCCUGCGACGGCACCUCACAUCACCUUAGCGCCUCACUUGCGGGCUCCUUUCCUGGGCUUGCCCUCAGCUCUCUGCCAGGCCCCUGGCUAUGGUUUCCUGCAACCGGCUCAAGCUGAAAUUUUUGUGCGGCAACAGGAAAUGCUGAGGAAGCAAAAUCUAGCAAGACUUGAGAUGUCAGCUGAGCUACUGAGACAAAAGGAGUUGGAGAGUCUCCACCAGCAGCAGCAACUGCUGGGCUCCGACCCGCUCGCCGCCGGUCUGCCCUCGGACCACCCGGCCCUGAGGAGCCUUCAAGACAUCCCUGAAGGUCAUCCGCUCCGAGAGGAACUGGCCCGUCGCUCGAAUGCCAUGCUGGGGCUUCGACACGCGGCCACGGCACCCUUCCUGAGCACCGACCAGCAGCAGCCCAAGACGUCAUCCACCCAUAAAGAAGGACAGAAUUCCACGACUGGCUCGGACGCCGAGUCCAGGAAGGCCCUUCGCCGGGGCCCUCAGACUGAGCUUCGCGCUGGCCAUCACAAAAGAAGAAGAGAGGACAGAGGAAGCGAGGGGGACGAGGAGGACUUGAAGGACUCGGACAGCGAAACGGAAACAUGCGAGGAGAGGCGGGAAGGCCUAAAGUCUCGGAGUAAACACAAGGAGAGGCGGAGUCGAGAAAGAGACGGCAAGGGCCUCGGCGAUGGCGCAAAGGAGAAUCGCGAAAGCUCGGGCCGGAUCAGUGCACCGUGUAGUUCCGUGGGCAACGACUCACCCGCGCUCCACCUGCUCAACUCGGCGCUGGGAAAGUCGGAAGUCAAACUCCAGCUCCCGCCUGGAUUUUUGCCCCCUCUGCCUGCUCUUCAAGGACAGUCAUUGCCCUUCGGAUUUCCCUACAUCAACCCAUACUUUCACAUGGGCUCUGUUGGAGGUCUUUUCAUGGAUGGGGAGGACUCGGCCCCAGCAAACCCCAUGGAGGACAUAAGCAAGUGGAGUGUGGAGGAUGUGUGUGGCUUCAUAAGCAGCCUGGCCGGAUGUGCUGAAUACGCUCAGGUUUUCCGGGAGCAGGUCAUUGAUGGGGAGACAUUAGCUCUGCUCACUGAGGAGCACCUGCUCGGCAUCAUGGCACUAAAGUUGGGCCCUGCCCUCAGGAUUCGUUUGCAGGUUGCGAGACGCAUCGGAAGGCUUUUCUACAUGACCGGAUUCCCGUUGGCCUUCCCGUUCCCGCCGUCGGCCGCCGUGCGACCCUCGGAGCGAGACGGGGAGCCCGCGGCCGUGCCCGCCGACGCCGCCUCGUUGCCCCUCUCCCUGCUGCAGAGACCCACCUCCGCCAGCGGAAGCUCUUCACCGUACAGCGGGCCCGCUCCGGGCUGCUCCUCACCCAAGCGGGAAAAAGGGAACGGCUCGGCGGUGGUGGGGAGAUAAAGGCUCCCUCGUCGCGGGGUUAGCUUGAACUUCCAGGCCUUAAAGCUCAAAUUCAUAGGACAGGAAUGAAAGGCGACACCGAGGACAACGUGGACUAUAUCCGGCAGACCAAUCAGCCGGGGAGUUCCUUCCCAGUGGCUGUAUCCGAGCAGAAUCCAAAGAAAGCAGCUUGGGAGACGCGCGAGGCGUAAAAAGAGACAGCUGGUCACAGACGGCGUGCCAAAAAAAAGGCCACAAACGCCACAUUCUUGCAAGUCAGACAGACCAACGCCAGCGGAAAGUCCUUCGUCCUUCCUUCCCGUGCUGGCUUUUUUUCCCCUCCACCUUCUUUUCUUUACUUCUACACUGCAAAGCCCUGCACAAUCCAGGAAUAAGACUCGCCUCUCUCCUCGUCUGGCCUUGGGGAAACUGUUGUCUUCGAGGCUGGAGCGGCGCCACGCUAAAACGAGCUCCGUCUUUAUCACGACAACUAUGCAUUCCACCGUCCCGAUACCAAAGAUGACCGGAUGAGUGGAAUUGAAACCAUCUUUUCUGCUUCAGUUUUGCGUGAGGCAGUAAGAGAGAGGGGGAAUAACGUUAGUGCCUCAACACGAAGCACUCGUUGGUAAUGAGUAUUAGGGCCACACUGACAAGAGAAACAAAAAAGUAGUCAACAAAUAUUGGUUUGAAGAGACAUGGCUUGUAAUUUUAUGGGAAAUUUUUUAGAUUUUACAAGGAAAAAACAGACCAAUUCAAGAAAUAGUGUGAAUUUUACAAGAAUACAAAGUCCACAGUUUAAAAGGUGCUAUGAAAUAAUGACUAGAGCUGGGAAUCUUUGGGUACCUAACGAUUCGAUUACGAUUCAGAGACGAUUAUUGAUGCACCCCCCUCCUUUUUUUUUAUUUUAUUUUUUUUUUAAUGUUUUGCACAUUAGUUCCAAAAUUGUUCAAAAAUCCUCUCAGGCUAAACCAAACUACUAUUUCAGUAUCAAGUUAACAUAUAAUAGUAAACAAAUAUACAAAAAUAACAGUAAAUAAAAAACUCUAGUCCCCAUUCUGUAUUAGCAGCUUUAAACAACAUUCAAUUAAUUUAAUGUUAUGAAUCAACUGUUACAGUUGUUAAAAUUACUCCCGUUAUUCCAUAAUUUCCCUUCUCUCUACUUUUGUAAAAGCAUUAAAACUAUUUCAUCAUUUAAAGAUAGAUUCAAGACAAGAAUCUGCCGAUUUAGGAGUAUUUUAGAUAAAAAGUUAAUUAGGUCCGCUACAACAGAGCCUUCUAGAGAGGUCUACUGCUUUAAGAUGGCGGCUGUUUACUUACGCCGGAAAGUGUCAUUUCGCAUCUCUGUUCAAUAAUACAUGUUUUAACAUCGACUAGUUCUACAUAUAUAUGAUAUCUACUGUAGCCGUAUGUUUGUAGCAACUAGCAACUGUGCGUUGUUUGUAGCGGCUGUCUGCCACAGUCAGGUAUGAUUGUUUUUUUUCUUUAGUGGCAUGAGUUGAACAUAUUUACUCUCGGUCCAUUCCUCAUUGCGUCCCAAAGACCGCGCUGUGUUUUACUUCCGCUUUACCUGGUAUAAUUCAAUAAUCGGAAUUUGGAUAUUUGUGAAUCGUUCUCGAAUCUUCUACGGCCGAAUUGCGAAUAAUCUAAGAAUCGGAAAUUUCGCACGCCUCUAAUAAUGACCAUGUCAAAAAAUGACUGCGCCAAUGUAAUUUUACAUAUCGAAAAUAAAUUUGACACUCAAAUCUUUUACCAUUUCAGACUUACUCCACUCAAAACAAUGAAUCAGGGAUGCCCACUUUUUUCAGCAAAUCAGCUGUGACAUCACAACCAGAAUUUACCAUCAGGUCUAGCUUUCUAGUGCUGCACUAGCUAGUUAGCACAUGUUAACAGCUAAUUCUUGGUGUGACAUUAUUUGCUGUUUGGAGAGUGUUGUAGUGGGCGGGGCCAAGACAGCCGAGAAAAGAAGACUACUUGGCAUCUAAUUUUAUUAUUAAGCCUUUUCUGCCACUUGGAUUUAUGUCCAAAAUAUCAGGAGCGCUGGAAGUCACUCACAGCAGGGGGUGCUGAGGAUCUUUUUUCGUUUUUCCAAUUCAAAAACAGCCGUUUCGGUCCAAAUUUGUCACACUCGCACGUUUUCUUUAUACAAUGGCAGCACACACGCAUGCUGGAUAGUUGACGUACUACUACUAGGCUAAUAUAAAGACAGCGUUGUAGUUCUUCUACAGUGUGUGUUGGAGUUUUUGUAUUGGAAAUAAAAACAUCCGUGUACUAUAAUGCAAAUGCCCGCAGCUAGACAGCACAAUGACACAUGGAACACAUUUGAAAACUAAAAAAAUCCAAUAAUCGUUGCUUUAACAACCCCCUUUUACAAAACUAAAAUAAAUUACACGCGAAGAUCCAACAGCGCGCCGCACAGCGGCAGCUCAACAGCAGUAACGAAAAACAAUACCGCUACAAUGCAAGCAUAUCUUACCUAUUUACAACACCAAAGGUAGAUUUCUUUUGUGGAUUCCAUGGUCUAAAUCUACAGCAAUCUUUUGCUCACUGGGAAGUAUUGUAGAACCAUCAUAAUCAUUUCAUGUUUUACCUCAGAUUGAAGUUAAGAAAAUUUAGCUGUUUUUGUUAAGCAGUGUUGUUUUUGGCAGCCCUUUUAAUAUUCGUCUUAGUCUUUUGCAUGACAAUACUUGAUACAAUGAAUCUUAGUCCUAUCUUAGUGAUCUCAAAAUGUGUUUGUUGUUGUAACCUGAUGUAAACAGAGCUUUUCCGGUGAAAAUUCUUGUGAAUAAAUGCUUAAAUCCCCGAAUUCUUUAUAGAUAUGGACGUAAAACACUCUCGAUUCUUGGUUAAAAGCAAAAAAAACGUGCAGUUAGCAUUUAUUUUACGUAAAUAUUGUGAACUAUGAUGCAAAUGCAGUAGCGGCUAAUUUGUCCCAUUGAUUUUUUUCACAAUGUUUCAAAAUUCAUGCAUGGUACAAAAAAAUAUAAUAAUUACCUUGAAUCCUCGAACAAAUUACUCUUGAGAAAAUCCUUACUGUUUGUAUGUGGUACAGCUUUCGUAUUUUUUCAACAGAAAUCCGGCGUUAGAUAACUGUGUGCGUUUGUGAAUAGCUCCUCUUCAUGUGGGCGGCCCCCUACUUGAAUGCGAGGCGCAGUACAUGACCGAUCCGACCCGUCAAUACAUUAUGAAGUCUAUGUCUAUGCUAAUGCUACGAGUUACAUUUAGUAUGUGAUGAUCACACAGCACAGACCUUUAAAGGUUAAAGCAACAUUGCACAUUCUCUCUGGCAAAGAAAACAAAUCUUAUCGUGUGUGCAAGCCUUGAGACAGGAGAGGACACUGCCCUGUUUAGUGUGGGGGGUUCAGCACGUCACAUGAGUGGCACAACAUUACGCUGCUAUGAUGCAGGCUACCUACACGUACAACGUCACACAUUGUGAACAUGCGACGAAAACUAUUGCGCAUUUUUCGCUCGUUCUUGUCUCGUGAGCCGAAAACUGGCAUUAGGCUCGUUAUGUUUUAGCUCAUUAUUUGUCUCAUCAUCGUCAUGAAAAAGUGUUCGUUGACGUGAUAUUUUUUUUAUCGUCAUCGUUGCUGAAAACAACACUACUGUAAAGAAAAAAUUGCUAAUUCGUUUUUGUGCCAUGUUAACGCCUCCUCUGUCAAAAACAAAACUUUUCCAACAUAUAUAUUCAAUCCUGAAAGUUAAAUACACUAUUGUUUCAUUAUGUUUUAUUAUUUUUAACAACUACAAUAAAAGAAUCUAUCAACCCCCCCAACACCAGGGGGUGCUGCAGCAUCCUUAGCACCCCACUACCCGCGCCACUUCAAAAUAGUCUUAGUAUUUCAUAGCACCUUUAAAUCACACGUGUCAAAAUCUGACUCGCCACAUCAUUUUGUAUGCCCAGCUAAAGGAAGUCGUCUGCAUCGACUUAAAGUUGAAAUUUUAUUCACUUUUAAACACGUUAAAUUGUUGCUGGAAGUUUUACUUACGGGUCGUCCUUACAAAAUAUAUCACAUACAAGUUCAAAUACAAAGACAUUUUUUUCCAGUCUUCUGAUUUUAAAAGGUAUCAUUCAAUUUGUUGCCUAUGUAAUAUAAGACAAUCAUAUCGGUUGGCAUUCAUAUUAGACCUUGGAAGGAAUCCAUAGCUAUGAAGCGUCUCGCAAAAAAAAAAAAAAAAAGAUUUUGACACACCUUUAAAUGAAAGAAAUGGAUAGUAGAAAAAUAUUACAAAGAUCAAAACUAACAAAAAUAACAAACAUGAAGCCGUAUUUGUACAAGAGAAAUAAAUGUCAAAAUUUUCAAAGAAAGCCAUAAUCUUACAAGUCAUAAUUGAAAAAAAAAAAAAAAGAACUGAAAUAGUUCAAAAAUAUAAAUUAACAUUUAAAAAAAAUAAUAUAUCAAUUUUUUUUAGCACUACAUUGUCAAAUUUUACAUGGCAUGCUGUAUAGCCAAAUUAAAGACGAUUUUUAAAAAAAAAUUAAAAAUAUGACUUGAAAAAUAUAAGCUAGUUGCAUUUUUUCUUCUGAGUGUGGCCCUAUUCGUCCUUUGUACAAUAGGACGUGUGUGUUGCUGGAAACAAAAGCUCACAUCUUUGUACACUUGUGUUGACUACUGUGGGAGGUUUUGAAAUAAUAAUAAUAAGAGGAAUGAUGAAUCAUGCAAAAUUGUACAGUCAUGCUUGAGAUGAAAAUACACCGAAGGUUACAUACGUGGUACUUUAAUUUUUUUUGCUAAAUGUAGAUGCACGAAAAAAGGUUUUCUUUACUAUUAAAAAAAAAAAAAAAAAUGAAAAAAAAAAAAAAAACUAAUGUGACUCGCUCUACUUUUGUGGUACUUUUGUUCAUAUAUUUUUCUCUCCUUUUUGGGGAUUUUUUUUUUUUUUUAAACUAAUAUUAAAAGGCGCUCCAAUCCUGAAUGCUACUUCAGCAUAUAAACGAGGACAAAGUAUUUAUAGGACUUAGUAAAUAAGAAAAUUAUAUGUAUUAUAAGUAACCCCUGAGACGGAUUCCAAAGAUACUUUGACUUUUUUUUUGGUUGCAGGGAAAAGAAAGGCACAGAGCUCUUAAUGCAUUUUUGUUUAAUCUACGCAAGCAAUUGUUUCAAAUGGUCCCUUUAAAGGUUUUGUCUUCAUCCUAUUUUUCUAUUCACCGCACGGGUGAAAUAAAUCAGAAAGAAAUGAUAACUUGCUUCUCUUGUUUUUGCUUGUUUCACUGUUGAUGUCGUCAAACUGGAUUGGUACCAGGGUUGGGGUAGCUAAUAGCCCUAAUUUCCUCUGAGAAACUUCAAAUGAGACAUAAAUUACCGUCAUUUUCGGACUGUAAGGCACACGUGACUAAGCCGCCACCCACCAAAUUUGACAUGAAAACGUUAUUUGCUCAUCAAUAAGCCGCAGCUGUUUUCACGGUAUUAUGGGAUAUUUACACCAAAAGAAAUGAUCCAAUAGCACUUUAUUUGACAGUGGCAUCAUAAGACUGUCAUAAGACUAAAUGAACCACCACGAAGCUGUGAACCAAUUGGCUGCAAAGCUUCAUGACUUCAAGAAGCUUCGUUUGGCCAUCACUGCUCCCAUGGUGGAGACAGUCAACCUCUGAUGCCACCUGCUGUCAACACUUGUCGUCCAACAUGCCUCCUAGCAUGCAUUGCAGUGCUACAGAUGUAAAUAACAAUCAAAUUAAUGUUAUAUGCUUAUUAUUCAGUUACUGUUCCAGUUGUUUCAUUAAUUGCUAGUUAUGGAAUUUAGUAACACUUUAUUUGACAGCGGUAUCAUAAAACUGUCAUAAGACCAUUAUAAUGAUGACAUAACACUACUAUGAGAAUGAAUGAAUGCUUAUAACAGAUGUCAUUUUGUGUCAUCCGGCAAAGUAUCUCACUUUUAAAUGGAUGUAAAAGAUCCGAGCUGGACAUAAAUGGAGUUAGUGAGAUAAUUUCCUGGAUGACACUGACAUGACAUCUGUCUUAAGCAUUCAUUAGUGCCCAUGACAGUGUCAUGUCAUAAUUAUUACGGUCUUAUGAUCAUUUUAUGACGCCGCUGUCAAAUAAAGUGUUGCUUAUGGACCCAAAUAAAUCAACAAAAAAGCCGCACUGCACUAUAAGAAAAGAAAAAGAAAAAAAGUAGCGUCUUAUGGUCUGAAAAUUAUGGAAAAUUACUCUUAUUACUAGAGUUGUCCAAUAUUAUCAGGUAGUUAAAAUGAUAUCAGAUAUCAGCAUCUGUUUUGGGCCAACGUAAAAUUAAUGUAGAAGCCUUCUGCCUUUGUCCAAAGGCUGGUCACAGCUUAGCACAGCAGGAUGCUUAUUGAUCAUUACAUUUCUCCAAACUAAGAUGCUUGGGAUUUGUUAUGUGGGCAUUAUCAUUAUUAAAGCAUCUAGUGGGGUAUCACAAAACAAUUAGCCAUAAUAUGUGAAGUCCACAACCAGUAUUGGUAUCGGUUUGGUAUAGGUAUCGGAUUUUUGGAGUUGGACAAUAUCGGGAUAUCGGUUAUCAGUUUAAAAGUCAUAACUCUAUUACUCUAACUCUAUAUAUAACUCUGUCUAGUUAUUACAAUGUGAUAUCGGAGAACAGAGAUGCAACAAUUAAUCAAUUAAUCGACAACUAAUUGAUUAGCAAAUUGCAAGGUGACAGGCCAGCCAGACUUAACGCUGCCACCAGAGGGCAGUGUAUCCUCCAUCAUUAAACAAAAUACUUUUAGCCUUUUUGGAUAGUUAUUUUGAGAUUUAGGGGCACUGAAAGGAUUAUUACCGAUUUACGUGGAGAUUCGGUUUACAUUGAACGGACCUCGUUCGUAACCCAGGGACUACCAAUCUCAUAUUAAAUAUUUUUUUUCAAUUUUUGAAAAUAUUGGGGAAUUAGUGAAUCGUCAGGUCCCCAAGCCACAAAAAUAUGUCCACUGUACUUAUAGAAAUGACAUCUCCCACACACAAUUACACCAUCAUCAAAUAAAAAAAAAAAGUAAAUAACAAAAAUUGAAAAAACAAUUAUGCCUGUGUAAUUCAGGAAAAAGCCAAAUAUUAAGAAAAAAAAACACAUUAUAUGACAGGAACUAAAUCAAAAAGCUUUGUGGUGAACACGCAGGCGGGAAAGUCAGCGGUGCGAGUGAGGACUUGGCAGAAAAACACAGAGGCCUGUGUUGCCGCUCUACCACCUGGGCCCAGCAUCUUGGCACAGCAUCAGAUGCCGCCCCGCCAGGCUGGCAUGCCUCCGCCGCCUCGGGCCUCGACGCCCGCCUCCUGCCCAGCCUGACUCGGCCCGCGGCCCCCUUCCCCCGCUUUCACUCAACCCAGCCUGCACGCUGGCCUGAGGGAGCCUGGAGGUGUGCAACAUUGACAUGCAAGUGCACACUACAAUUUGCAUAUUUGAAAAAAAAGCAAGUGGACAAACGACAUGUUGCCAAACACAGUUUGAGAUUCAAAUAAUGAACAAGAUUGCUGUUUCAAACUUCGGUUUUAAACCAAAGUUAGGGAUUCAAACAAGAUUUAGGGUAUUAAGAAGAAAUGCAUUUAGCUUUUUAUCUAUCUAUAGAUACAGUGUAUCACAAAAGUGAGUACAUCCCUCGCAUUUCUGCAGAUAUUUAAGUAUAUCUUUUAAUGGGACAACACUGACAAA